UUCAGGAUUGACCACACAAUAGUCACUUCAUCAUGUUUGGACCAGUAAGGUCAUCAAAGAGAGUACUCUCUGAGCGCCAGUCCAACGAAAACUUGCCAACCCCUAAAAGACAAGUUUCGCAGUGGACAACACCCACCAGGACUAAAGAGAACAGAAGACCAUCUAACCAGACAGGUGCCAGCCCAUCGGUUGGCCGGCGCCCUUCACAACAUCAUGUGAGCUCCAGCCCAUUCCACCAAUUUAAAACUCCUACAAGGCCACCAAGAUCGAUUGACACUGCUCAAGGCACACCAGACUGCUACAGCAAGGUAGAGAUAGGCACCCCAAGACGGGCUUCAAAUAGUGCAAGCUCCAAUGACAGCGAUGUUAGCAGUAGCAGGGAUCAUGGAUUUAGUGUUACUGUCGGUGUCAGAGUUAGACCUUUUAAUGGCAGAGAAAAAGCUGACUGUGAUGUAAAGUGCGUCAUAGGCAUGGACGGCAACGAGGUUCAGAUGUCUUCGCGGUAUGGCCAGUCCAGUCACUUUUGCUAUGAUCAUUGCUUUUGGUCAGUGGACAGGACAAGUGCAAACUUCUGUGGUCAAGAAGCGGUCUACAGGGCAGUCGGUCAACCACUCUUGCAUAGUGCCUUUGAAGGCUACAACACCUGUCUCUUUGCUUAUGGACAGACGGGUUCAGGGAAGUCAUACACGAUCAUGGGCUCCAGCGAGGAGAAGGGGAUCAUCCCCAGGUUCUGCAGGGAUCUCUACAGGAGGGUGGAGGAUCCCCAGGAGACAAAGGUCUCCUUCAAGGUGGAGGUCAGCUUCUUUGAAAUCUACAACGAAAAGAUCCAUGACCUCCUUGCCCCUGCCGUGGAAAAGACGGAGAAGUGGGACAAGUCGACUCCGAAAAAGAUCACACUUAAAGUUCGGGAACAUCCAACCCAGGGUCCAUAUGUGGAGGGACUGUCUACGUUUAAAGCUAAUUCCUAUGCUGAUAUUCACUCCUGGAUUGAAUUGGGUAACAAGCAACGAGCCACUGCUGCUACAGGCAUGAACGACAAGUCUAGUCGUUCCCAUUCAGUCUUCGUCAUCAUGAUGACAAAAACAAAGAAAGAGUUAUUCGACGGUGAAGAACACAUCCACAGUGUGACCUCAAAGAUCAACAUCAUCGACCUAGCAGGAAGUGAACGUUGUGCGGCUACCAACACCACAGGUGACCGGUUGAAGGAAGGGGCUAACAUAAACCGAUCUCUGAUGACAUUAGGCAAGGUCAUUUCAGGGCUCUCUGACAAAUCUCUCAAUCCAAAGAAGAAGGUCUUCAUACCUUACAGAGACAGUGUACUCACAUGGUUGUUACGAGAGAGUCUAGGAGGGAAUGCCAAGACUGCCAUGAUAGCCACGGUUAGCCCUGCCAGCACGCAUAGCGAGGAAACACUGAGCACGCUCAGAUACGCCAAGCAGGCACGCUCUAUCAUCAAUGUCGCCAAGGUCAACGAGGACCCAAAUGCGAGGCUAAUAAGAGAGCUGAGGACUGAGAUUGAGAAGCUCAAGUCCAUGGGAUACACUACCAGAGGUAGGAGACAGAGUGAUGAGGAGAGGAAGAAGAAUGAAGAAAUGGGAGGACUGAAGGAGAAACUGACAGAGUCCCAUAGGAGGAUGUCAGAAAUGGAGGAGGCAUGGAAGGAGAGAGUGAGAGAAGAAGAAACAAAGAGGAAGAAAAUCGAAUCACAACAGAAAGAGAAAUUGGAAUCUGCUUUCAAGAUAGACAACACAUUACCCAACCUUGUCAAUCUCAACGAAGAUCCGCAGCUUUCCGAGGUUCUACUCUAUGUUCUCAAGGACGGUGAAACGCAUAUUGGUCGCACCAGCCAGAGCGCCCCCAACGGCAUCCAUCUGAACAGUGCCCUUGUUGAAGAAGAUCAUUGCCUAAUUGUGAACAAUGGUUCAUAUGUGACCGUGAGGCCUGUGAACGAUGCAGAGACAUUUGUGAACGGAGACAGAAUACAUAGAUCAAGACGGUUACAUCAUGGAGAUCGGGUAGUUGUUGGCAACUAUUAUUUCCGCUACAACGAUCCUAAAGAAGUCCGUCAUAAAGGAAGGAGGUCAAAGGUCAAUGUUGACUUUGAGUUUGCCAGGAACGAGCUUGCAAAUGCACAAGGAUCAAGAUUACAGUCGGAGAAGGAAGAAACCAGACUACAGACGCAGAAAGAGAUGCUGAAGGGUAUUGAAGAGGCAAAGAAAGCAGCUCAAAAGGAACUUGAAACACAGAGGAGAAAUUAUGAAAGAAAAAUCAAAGAGCUGGAGAAUGAACUCAAAAAUAUGUCAAUGAUGGGUCAUAAGAAAGAGGAGAGUCUUCGACAGAGGACGGAUAACAGAGUUGAUGAAUUACAACAAGAAAACAAGAUGUUGAAGCAGGAGCUGGAGUCGAACAGGAGACGCCUGGAGCUGGAGACGAGGGAGGCUCGCAGGGCCCUGGAGCAGGGUACCACCCACCAUACCAGGAUCCUGCAGGAGCUUGAGAAGGAGAAGGAACGGCUCCUGAGGAGUGUGGAGACAUUGCAGGAGGCUCAGAGGGAGCGUAGGCAGAGGAAAGGAGCCGGGAGGAUAGAGCAGGGGCUCCAGGGCAGGAGGGAUCUGCUCCAGCUAUCCAUGAGGCUCCAGGAAGCUAACAAUAUCAGUGACAAACUCAAGAGACACUUAACGUUCAGCAGACACGAUGAAGAGACAUUGAACCAGAGGUCAGAGGUCACCAUAAGGGUCAAUGACACAAAGAAGGGGCUAAUGACCUUCUGGUCACUGGAAACAUUUGAAGAAAAGCUACUUCAGAUGAGAGAGGCUUUUCAGGGUAAUUGUACAGCUCGUGAGGUAGACGCCAUAUUCACAAGUCAAAACGGAAGCUGGGAAAAGGAUUUCAAACUGGAUUCACCGAUCGCACACAGGAAAUUCACAUGCUUGUCACGAAGCGACCCAUCUACCACAACUCCCACGAGAUCAUCGUCCACCAGCAACGCACCGCAUCAUCAGCCUUCCUCGGUUGCCCAUGGAAACAUCCUGAAUGCCAUUGCAACAUCCUGUCUGCGUCACCUAGCAACGGGAGUGAUGAGGCAAGGCGGGAGGGAGGAGGAGGGGGACCACACCCUUGCUGACAGGACCAUCGGAUGCAUGCACCGGUUGUUGGUUGCCAUGAAAACACUGAGAGGUUCCUGCACGAGAGGGGGAGGUGAUCACAUUGAGUCAUCCAUCCUCCAAUCAACGAUAUCCAUUGACCUUUUGACCUCUCUCUCACAACUAUGGGCCACCUUGGUACAUAGGCAAGAUGAGCUUCAUGGUCAACACCACCCUCAUCUGGCCAAAGCUAGCCAGGGUUUGGUUGAACAGAUGGAAGAGUGCAGCCAGAAAUUGGCCAAGACAAUCUAUCAUGUGUUACAGAAUGUCACAAAAGUUGGGAACAGAGAUAACCAUAGAGGUAUGAGUGAGAUGCAGAAAGACCUUGUGUUCACUGCACGUAUAUUAGGAGAGCUUUGCUUCAUCACAGAUACUCCAUGCUGGUCUAUUGGUCAAGGAGAACAUGAGCAAGAUGAACAAAUUGACUUCAAACUGAAGCAAGGUUUCUUGGACGGUGCUGAUGUAUUUGUCGAUAAGACGAUUCAGGAAAGCCUCACUGCCAUUGGUCAGUUUGAAAUGCAGCUUCGUUCUACCCUCCAUGAUCACAAUCUUAAAGGGGUAUGUCAAAUUACUUUUUUUUACUUCAUUUCAACAAUGUGAUAUAUCACUCAAAAUCAAUAGUGUUAUAUAUGUUUGUGUAAUUUUCUUGUCAUGAUUACUCUCAAAAUUUGUAGUUUUGUUGAUCGAUAUCGAUAACUGGAUGUGAUCAUAUAGAGCACUCACAAUCAGUAGCUCUUACUGUAUGUUUGCCAAAAUAUUUUAUCAGACUUAUUCUCACAAUUCAGAGUUUUGAUGAUCGUCACCAAUAUCAAUAACAUGGGGGAUAAAAAUUCAAUUUUUUUACUUUUCAAGUUCUAUUUUAAAAUGCAGUAUAUACAUUGAAAUUUUCAACCUCAAUAAAAAAAAAUGUUGAAUCAGUUGGGCAGGGAGAGUGCAUAAUACAUGCAUGUUAAUAGAGAAUGGGUAACAGAGAAAGAAAAAAAGGAAAGAAAAAAAAAAAAGGAGGGAGGGAUGUGCUUUGUUUGCCAUU